AGCGCAUUCUUUUUUAGCACACCGCCCUUUUACCCUGUAUAUAAAAGAGGGGAAAGGUUUGUACAGGUUAGAUAACAGUAGGGUUAUUCUGGGUGUGCCACCACGACGAACCUGUAAUGACAAGUAUGGAGAGACAUUUAUCCAUGGAGAAAGUCCGAUAAUUUUCUCGAUUUGCCGAGCUCGGGGGAGAUACAAAAUUCUCACUGUUUGUCAUGCAACACGACUGAAAUAUGUGCCGGCGGUAGCUCGAUGGGGUAUGUGCAGGAUAUAUUUGAAGACGUGUUCUAUUUCGACAACUGCAACCUAUUACGGAAAAACUUUGUAUGCCACAAAUGUCCCUAUUGUUUUGCCAAUGCGGAAGUCCUUUCAUGGAAUUGAAUCACAUGACUCCAGUUCCGUGUCGCGUCAUCGUGAAGCCUGUUAGCAGCGAUUUGGAUCAUGUAAACCCCAAGCUCACGACCUCGCUAGCUAGCACGCCACUGUUUUUACAAGAAUAUAUUGUGAUGGAUUACUUAAUCAGUCGUUUAGAUAGUUUCUCAUGAACGAUAGCUAUGUGGUUUCUAAAGCCAUAAACUGAAUAAAUUAAUCUGAGCAAGGCCUUCAAGUUAGCAAAUCAGACUAGAGAUUGCUGUGUGACUAGUUGUCAAGCUAGCUAACGUUUCUGGCAAGGUUUGUAGCUUGUUAGCUAGCUAUAACGUUGGCUAUGACAAUGCAAGGUGAAACCGUCACGGCAAUACGAAUAUCGGACAGUGAAGGGAAACUGGAUGUCUUUCCCCAGAAAGGGACGCCUGGUAGUUCUGGGAGAGGGAGUUCUAAAGGCUGGCAGUACAGUGACCACAUGGAAAAUAUUGACGGUUACCUGAUGAAAUACACCAACCUGGUAACAGGAUGGCAAUAUAGGUUCUUUGUCCUCAACAAUGAGGCAGGGUUGUUGGAGUACUUUGUCAAUGAGCAGUCCAGGCCCCAGAAACCUCGCGGGACACUCCCCUUGGCAGGGGCGGUCAUAUCCCCCAGCGAUGAGGACUCCCACACCUUCACGGUUAAUGCCAUCAGUGGGGAACAAUACAAGCUCCGAGCCACGGACGCCAAAGAGAGACAGCACUGGGUGAGCCGGCUGCAGAUCUGCACGCAGCACCACACUGAGGCCAUGGGGAAGAGUAACCCUCCGCCCAAGUCUCGCAGCUACUCCAUGGCGUCUCAGGGGAGCGCCAGCUCGCCCCUGUCCCAGCGCAGGCCCAGCCAGAACGCUGCCUCCUUCUUCAGCAUGACACAGCUCCACAAGGGCUCCUCGCUGUACUCCUCCAAGAGGUCCCUGCUGCCCGACCAUUUGCUUGAUGCCAGAGAGAUGAUGACCCAGGCCCAGGGCCAGCACCGAGACCUGAUCCAGACCAUCGAGGGCCUGCCCCCGACCGCGGGCCCCCUCUCCCCGCUAGACCAGGACCUGCUGAUGCUCAAGGCCACCUCCAUGGCCACCAUGAACUGCCUCAACGAUUGCCUGCACAUCCUGCAGCUGCAGCAGGUGGCCCGCCAGAGGAGCUCCCUGGGAGGACCCACCGUCGAGUGGCUGGAGCCCAAGCUGCCGGACAUCCUGAAGAAUGGCGGGCCCUUGGACAGCUUCAGCACCGAGGGAGGGCCGCUGGAGGGUAGCCUCCUGGAGCUCAGUGCCACGGAGCCCUGCAGUUUCUCUGGGGAGGAGAUUGACGGGGAGGACGAGGUGGAGGACGCGUUCACGGAAAAGGAGGAGGAACUGGGGGCGGUGGAGGAGGAACGCAGUGUCAUCCUACACCUGCUCUCGCAGCUCAAGCUGGGCAUGGACCUCACACGGGUGGUGCUGCCCACCUUCAUCCUGGAGAAGCGCUCCUUGCUAGAGAUGUACGCUGACUUCAUGUCCCACCCGGACCUGUUCGUAGCCAUCACAGACGGCCAAGGGCCCGAGGAGCGCAUGGUGCGCUUCGUCGAGUACUACCUCACCUCCUUCCACGAGGGCCGCAAGGGCGCCAUCGCCAAGAAGCCCUAUAACCCCAUCAUCGGCGAGAGCUUCCACUGCUCCUGGAGGGUGCCCAGGUCAGGGGAACCCGCCAAGGAUGCCCCCUCGCCCCCCUCUCCUCCCCAGGGAAGCCCCACCACCGAGGGGGAGGACGGUAGUUACCAGUUGCGCUUCGUGGCUGAGCAGGUGUCCCAUCACCCGCCCGUGUCGGGCUUCUACGCCGAGUGCCCCGAGAGGCGGAUGUGUGUCAACACCCACGUGUGGACCAAGAGCAAGUUCAUGGGCAUGUCCAUCGGGGUGUCCAUGAUCGGGGAAGGCUGUCUGUACCUGCUGGAGCAUGACGAGGAGUACACCUUCACGCUGCCCUGUGCCUACGCCCGCUCCAUCCUUACCGUGCCCUGGGUGGAACUGGGGGGAAAGGUUAACGUGAACUGCACCAAGUCGGGAUACUCCGCAGUCAUCACCUUCCAGACCAAGCCCUUCUACGGAGGCAAGCUGCACAAGGUGACUGCGGAGGUAAAGCACAACGCCACCAGCGCCGUGGUGUGCCGCGUUCAGGGCGAGUGGAACGGCGUGCUCGAGUUCAGCUACCAGAAUGGCGACACGUGCAUGGUGGACGUCACCAAGCUGCCCGUCACCAAGAAGCGUGUGCGCCCCAACGACAAGCAGGGACCAACUGAAUCGAGGCGCCUGUGGCAGCAUGUAACCGAGUCGCUGCGUCAGAAGGACAUUGAGAAGGCCACGGAGUACAAGAGGAUCCUGGAGGAGCGACAGAGGACCGAGGAGAGACUCCGCACUGAGACCGAGACCCCAUGGAGGACCAGAUAUUUUGAGAGCGAGGGCGAAGGCUGGAUGUAUCACAAACCACUGUGGAAAACACCCACUCUGAAAACUUAGUCCUACCGGUCAGUGAGAUCUACCAUCGAGAACGGGUGUAGCCACGAGACUGACGCUCUCUUUUGGUUUGUGUGUGUGUGUGUGCGCGAAUGUGUGGGGUUGUUUCCUAAACGGUCGAGGUAAAGCGCAACCUCCACUUACAUGCAUACGGAUGCAAAGGUAUUGGGGAAAGCCCUAUAACGUGAUGACAAGCUAUAUAGUUUCAUCUCCCACUCGAUGUACAACUCAAACCUCAAGAUGGUAAGGUACAGGCUUUUGGGCUGAUGAUGACUUUUUGUAUAAUCCACUCUGAAUGAGGACAUUUCUCCUUGAACAGAUACAAGGUACUCCAUAUUUACGCCGCCUUCACAAUCGUAUGACGACGCGCUCGUUUGGGUUGUUUUUAAAGUGUUCAAGGAUCACGAUUCAGAGGGGAGUUUUUUUUUUUACAGUGACGUCGCACACGAGACCGAGAAUGGAAGUGCAUCUUUCAAAGUACAUCGAUUGAUGUUUGACGGUGUGAACUGGAUAGCUGUAUUUUUGGGAUAUGUUUGGCACGGCCUGGGUCAUGUUCAUUAGGGCAUGCGACAGAAUGUUUUAAAACGCAAUACGACGGUAAAUUAGUUAUUGGAUAAGUACAUACAGUCCCUCCCUUUUUGACUUUUCUUCCGUUUGGUGCCUAAUGAACAUGACCCUGCACAUAUUAUGUCACAGCUUGGAUAAGACACACACACACAACCUGUCACUACAAUGAAUAAGUUUAUAAUUGGGACAAUGUUCAAUGAAUUCAUACUGUAGGUAAUUAAUGACAUUAUUCCUUUGGUUUUGCACAGACUUCUCCAUUUGGAUGAUUCCAUUGUUCAAAAUGAUUGACGAGGUUUGGCAUGAUGAUAGUAUUUUUAACGAUUUAGGCCCCACCAAAGUGGAGGCAUUUGAUGAUAUGCGAUGUAUGAUAAAGUAACAAUCAUUCCCUUCGCAGUCCCAAAGGGAUAUAGUCCACCUUCCUGGAGGAAUUGUGGAAAAUGGAACGCAUGAUGAGCAAUGUCUUUUUGUGUACUGCAAGUAUUAUUAUACUCUGGUUACUAUGUCUGAAUUCCACAAUUUGUUUUCAUAUGCAAACAAAUGUUUUACUUAUUUUUCUGGUUCAAAAUGAAUGUUAAUCUCCUGGAUAUCCGUCUGUUCUGAUUUUUAAGAGCAGAAUAUAACUUAAUAUUGUCACCUUAUUAGUUGGUUUGGAAUGAGAUUGCUCCCCUCGUGGUGGUUCUAUUAAAAAGCUACAGUUAUCACAUUUUUCACCCCCCCCCCCCCCCCCAAUGUAUGAAAUACACAACACUAGUUGAGUCUCAACACCAAUGCAGUCAAUAUCAGCCUGGAAAGGUUCUCCCAACCCCUUAUUUGAUAGGCAGAAUGCGAAGAGAAGAGCAUGGGAUUUGAUUUUUAACUCUGCAUUGAUAAGCUACUCUAUCCACGUCAUGGUGCCUUAAUCACUCUUCCUGUGUGCUUCUUCCAGUCCAAGAGUAUAGCAUACCCCCCCCCCCCCCAGGGCCGGAUUACCGGAUUUGGAAGUCAGCUAAUUUAUAGCAGUUUCGUACUGCUAUUCUACACAUUUUGGCAUGAGCCUGAGAACAAUUAGCUGUUUUAAAGCUAUAUUGAGGCAAUUCUACACAUUAUGCUAUCUGGGGGUUCCUCGACCUCCAAGGGGAAGCAACCCCUUGAGGUCGGGGAUGCCGGGGCACGUGCCCUGCGUGCCAGUUCUGUAAUCUAGCCCUGUUUUUGUUUCCCCCAUCACCGCUAUGAAUGAUGCAAUAGUAUGUAAAUAUUGGUUGUUUUGAGGGUAGUUGUUGCAUUCUUUCCUGGUUUGAAGAAAGACAUGUUAGAAGCGCAGACCCCUGAAUGGUGUUAUACAUGUUGACUUUGUUUGGAAUAUUACUCGUUUGUCUUGCUGACCUGUGAAAUGCACUGACAUUGAAGGAAACAUGACUCCUUGUAGACUGAUAUGUGUGGUAAUGAAUGAUUAAAUAAAUUGCCUAUCAAUUGA